GAAGAGAAUCAUUUUAGACUUUUGGAGAUGGAAAACCUUUUUACUGGCGAUGACUCAGUCCCCAGAAGCACGACUAAUGCAGUCAGACCAACAUGUUCAGUUUUACCCAGUCAACAGGAUGAGCAUCUGUUACAAUGUCAUGAUACUGAAAUUGUGAGAGAAGAGAACUCAAAGAGAAUAAUAAAAACAAAUGUGCCCAUAUCGAUGGAUACCGAAUCGGAAAUCUUGGACAGACGAGGAAAACUGACACGAAUUAGGUCCAAAACUUUUGAUCCCUCAUUUUUAUCACAUGUCCAAAGUGACAUUGAGUCAAAGUCUGAAAGGAAAAAGCAGCAGUGUUAUCAUUUUCCUCGAACAAAUAAUCAGUACCACAAAAUUUUCAAAGACAUUAGUGAGACUGAGCUGCUCAAGCAAAGUUACACAUGUGCAUUGCAGAAAGAUAUUCUUUAUCAAGGGCGGCUUUUUGUGUCUGAUAACUGGAUCUGUUUCCAUUCCAACGUCUUCGGGAAAGACAUCAAGAUUAUCAUUCCAGUUAUGUCUGUAUCAGUAAUAAAGAAAACCAAAACUGCCAUCUUAGUACCAAAUGCAUUGAUUAUUGCCACAGCACACGAAAGGUAUGUUUUUGUGUCGUUCCUGUCCCGAGACACAACAUACAAAAUACUGAUGUCAGUGUGCACCCAUUUGGAUGACAAGUGUCUGGCAAACAGUCCAACUAAUUCCGCUGCAGAUGGCAAUUACACAGUGUCACCCUCCACACUUCCCAUGAAUUUCUCAGCAGAUCUGUCAGAUGUCGAUAGCCCAGUGGUUCAAAGGAGACAAAAAUUAGGAUAUAGCAGUAGCUCAGACUCUCCAGAUUCUCCAGAGUAUGAGAAAAUGAGAGAACAUGGAAAUCGAAAUGUUUAUGACAGAAAACCACUGAGACCAAGCUUGCUCAAUGUUUUACUGAUGGUGUACCUAUUUGUAAUCAGCAUUUUGAUUUUGUCUUCAUGUUACAUGGCUUUCAAAAUCAUAUCUUUGGAAAAAAGAUUGAACUCUCUGGGCUCUAUGGCUGAAUUUACUCAUAAUGGAGAUGAAUACAACAGCAUAUACUCUGAGGAUAGGGUCUACUCUGCUGUGUCAAUUAACCUUAUGAAACUGGAAAAGAUUCAGAAAGGUCUACAGAGACUAUUGGACAAAAUCCAUUGAUGUUAAAUAAUUGCUUAGAUCUAAGUAACCUGUUCAAUCAAUUUUUAAUUCAUAUUUUUAUGACAUGUAAAUUUAACUGCUGUUUCAGUAUGUUGACUGCUUUACAUCAGUGCCCAGAAAGAACAUUCAAACUAUAUCUUCCAGAAUACAACAUACACCUACAACCACGGCCGAUGUAAACAUUAUCCAGUACUUUUGGUUUCUAUAACAUUCCCUGUCACCAUUCCUUUUACACAUACCUAGACUUAAUAAUUAAUCUUACCAUAAAUGCACAUACAUCUGAACAGAUGUUUUAUUUCUAAAUCAAACUGUUUAUACCUGUUCUUGCUUCCAUCCAUACUGCCUGAAAUGAGAAAGAAUUAUACUGCUGUUGUCAGAUUUAAAUCUACUACACUAUUUAUUAAAAUAAACCAAAAAA